AUAGAAUUGUUAAUGGAGCUUGGCACCUAUCUCAAAACAUCAUCUCAAAAGGCUGGUGAAUUUUUUAACUCUACCAAACCUAAACUGAUCAGUAAGCUGCCGCCAGCGCAACAACCAGCUCCCGUGCCAAGACCUCUAUCUAAAACUAUGAAGGUAGCAGAAUGUGCUACUAGUACAGCAGCCAAAGUUACUGGUGUUGUUGCUGAGAAAGUUGGUAUUGCCCUACAUCCAAUUUACCAUUGA